CUCAUUUCUCAUUCUCCUAAAACCCCUGUUUCCUCUCUCUCUCUCUAAACUUUAAUUUUUUUUUUCUAUUUUUCCUCUUUCAAUUUUCCUUCUCUCUCUACAUUUCGAUCUGAAUUCAAUAACGUCGUGAUACUGCUCCUUCUUCUUCUUCUUCUUCUUCUCCCGCGCGCUCGCUCGCUCGCAAUCUGCCGCAUUGAGACAUUGAUUCAUUCUCAGACAUGAACGGGGUCCCUCCCGUUCGGUUUUAGAAGAACAAAUCAGGGACUAGGGUCAAUUUUGAUUCUAGAUUUGGGUUUUCUUCUAUAUGGGUGUGUGCUGAAGAUAAAUAACUGAGACCUUGAGCUGAAUUACCGGCUAAAUGGCGAAGGGGAGGAUAAGGGCGAGGCUCCGGAGGAGCAAUUUUUAUACGUUUGGCUGCCUUCGGCCUGCGACCACCGAGGAUGUGCCUCAUCCGCUUCAAGGUCCGGGGUACUCGCGGACGGUGUGUUGCAACCAGCCUCAUCUCCAUGAAAAGAGACCUCUACAUUACUGCAAGAAUGAUAUAUCCACGACCAAGUACAAUGUUAUUACAUUUUUCCCCAAGGCACUCUUUGAGCAGUUUCGUAGGGUCGCUAACAUAUACUUCCUCUUGGCUGCGUGCCUCUCAGCCUCUCCAAUUUCACCUUUCAGCCCACUGAGCAUGAUUGCUCCCUUGGCAUUUGUUGUGGGGCUUAGUAUGGCAAAGGAAGCGUUGGAAGACUCACGCAGGUUCCUUCAGGAUGUCAAAGUUAACCGCCGGAAAGUUUAUCACCAUAAAGGCAAUGGUGUCUUCGGUCCCAGGUCGUGGCAGAACAUUAUGGUUGGAGAUGUGGUGAAAGUAGAAAAGGACAAGUUUUUCCCAGCUGAUUUGCUUCUCUUGGCAUCAAGUUAUGAGGAUGGGAUAUGCUAUGUGGAGACGAUGAAUUUAGAUGGUGAGACCAACCUAAAGGUGAAAAGAUCUCUGGAGCCUACCUUGUCUCUAGAUAAUGAUGAGUCUUUUAAGGAUUUCACUGCAACAAUACGAUGUGAAGACCCAAACCCCAAUCUUUACACCUUUGUUGGAAACUUUGAGUAUGAACGCCAGAUUUAUCCUCUUGAUCCUAGUCAAGUUCUCCUCCGAGAUUCUAAGCUCAGAAACACUGAUUACAUCUAUGGGGUGGUCAUCUUCACCGGUCAUGACAGCAAAGUCAUGCAGAACGCCACAAGAUCCCCUUCAAAAAGGAGUACAGUAGAAAAGAAGAUGGAUUAUAUCAUAUACACUCUCUUCACUGUCCUUAUUUUGAUAUCCGUCAUUAGUUCCAUAGGAUUUAUGAUCAAGACUAAGUACCAAACAACAGAGUGGUGGUACAUACGUCCUGACAAUAUUGAGUACCAGUAUGAUCCCCAUAAAGUUGGAGUGGCUGGGAUGAGUCAUCUGAUUACUGCACUCAUUCUUUAUGGGUAUUUGAUACCAAUCUCGCUUUAUGUUUCCAUUGAGGUUGUGAAGGUCUUACAGGCAACCUUUAUUAACCAAGACAUUCAAAUGUAUGAUGAUGAAACCGGGACUCCAGCUGACGCACGGACUUCAAAUUUGAAUGAAGAGUUGGGUCAGGUAGACACUAUACUCUCUGAUAAAACUGGCACUUUAACCUGCAAUCAGAUGGACUUUUUGAAGUGCUCCAUUGCUGGUAUUGCAUAUGGUGUGCGUGCCAGUGAAGUUGAACUUGCUGCUGCAAAGCAGAUGGCUUCUGAUAUUGAUGACCUGGAUUCAGACCUCUCCAAUUUCCCCUUGCCUAAGACUAAAAAGCAAGUUUCAUUGAAAAAUGUCAAAAGAUCUGAAGAAAUUGAACUGGAGACUGUUGUUACUUCCAAAGGUGAUGAAGAUCAAAGAUAUGCCAUAAAGGGAUUUGGUUUUGAAGAUGACCGCCUCAUGAAUGGUAAUUGGUUGAGAGAGCCGAAUGCCGAUGUAAUUUUGCUGUUUUUCCGCAUAUUAGCAGUUUGUCAUACUGCCAUUCCUGAGGUGAAUGAGGAGACGGGCAAUUUUACAUAUGAAGCUGAGUCACCUGAUGAAGGAUCCUUUCUCGUAGCAGUGAGAGAAUUUGGCUUUGAGUUUUGUAAGAGGACUCAGUCAAGUAUUUUCGUACGAGAAAGAGUUUCUGAGUCAGAGCAAGUUGUUGAAAGGGAGUACAAACUCUUGAAUCUGCUGGAUUUCACGAGUAAAAGAAAGCGUAUGUCGGUGAUUGUGCGUGAUGAGGAGGGCAAAAUUUUUCUUCUGUGCAAAGGAGCUGACAGUAUCAUAUUUGAUCGUUUGUCCAAGAAUGGGAAAAUGUAUUUGGAGCCUACUACCAGACAUUUAAAUGAUUAUGGAGAAGCUGGUUUGCGAACACUAGCUCUGGCUUAUAGAAGGCUCGAUGAGCAAGAGUACUCUGCUUGGAACAAUGAGUUUCAGAAAGCCAAAGCAACUGUUGGGGCUGACAGAGAUUCAAUGCUUGAACGAGUGUCAGAGCUUAUGGAAAAAGAGUUGAUUCUUGUUGGAGCCACUGCUGUUGAAGACAAACUGCAGAAAGGGGUUCCCCAAUGUAUUGAUAAACUUGCUCAAGCUGGUCUCAAGAUCUGGGUAUUGACGGGGGAUAAGAUGGAAACUGCAAUCAACAUUGGAUUUGCCUGCAGUUUGCUUCGACAGGGCAUGAAGCAGAUAUGUAUAAGUACAAAUUCAGACUCAGGAUCCAAUGAUGUCAAAAAGUUUUUUUAUUCAACACCCCAGGCCAUCAAGGAUGACAUUUUGAAUCAAAUCACGAAUGCUUCUCAAAUGAUAAAGCUGGAGAAGGAUCCUCAUGCUGCCUUUGCAUUAAUUAUUGAUGGAAAAACUCUGACAUAUGCUUUAGAAAAUGAUAUGAAGCACCAAUUUUUGGGAUUGGGAGUUGAUUGUGCAUCUGUCAUCUGCUGUCGUGUGUCUCCCAAGCAAAAGGCAUUGGUAACAAGGUUGGUGAAAGAAGGAACUGGCAAGACAACUCUAGCAAUAGGUGAUGGUGCAAAUGAUGUUGGCAUGAUUCAAGAAGCAGAUAUUGGUGUUGGAAUCAGUGGGGUUGAAGGUAUGCAGGCAGUGAUGGCUAGUGAUUUCUCAAUUGCACAAUUUCGCUUCUUGGAGCGACUUCUGGUAGUCCAUGGACACUGGUGUUACAAAAGAAUCGCACAAAUGAUCUGUUAUUUCUUCUACAAGAAUAUAGCAUUUGGCCUCACCAUCUUCUAUUUUGAGGCCUUCACAGGCUUCUCUGGCCAAUCGGUUUAUGAUGACUGGUACAUGAUAUUGUUCAAUGUUGUUCUGACAUCAUUACCCGUCAUUUCACUUGGCGUUUUUGAACAAGAUGUGCCUUCAGAAGUUUGUUUACAGUUUCCUGCACUUUAUCAACAAGGACCCAAAAAUUUGUUCUUUGACUGGUAUAGAAUAUUGGGAUGGAUGGGAAAUGGAGUCUAUUCAUCCCUCAUCAUUUUUUUCCUCACCAUCACCAUCUUCUACGACCAAGCAUUCCGAGUCGAUGGCCAGACCGCUGACAUGGCUGCUGUGGGAACCACAAUGUUCACCUGCAUCAUCUGGGCAGUGAACUGCCAGAUUGCACUGACAAUGAGCCAUUUUACAUGGAUUCAGCACCUGUUUGUAUGGGGCAGCAUAAGCACUUGGUACGUCUUUCUCGUGUUAUACGGCAUGCUUUCCCCUGUGUAUUCCAAGAAUGCCUACCAACUUCUGGUUGAAGCCCUUGGUCCCGCGCCUAUUUAUUGGUCAGCAACACUUCUGGUUACAAUUACAUGCAAUCUUCCUUAUCUUGCCCACAUAUCAUUCCAAAGAUGUUUCAACCCCAUGGAUCAUCACAUUAUCCAAGAAAUCAAGUACUACAAGAAGGACAUUGAGGACCAACACAUGUGGACAAGGGAGCGUUCUAAAGCCAGGCAAGAAACCAAGAUUGGUUUCACUGCAAGAGUAGAGGCCAAAAUCAGACAAUUGAAGGGGAAGCUGCAGAAGAAGCAAUCUUCCUUGACUUGUAUGUCCCCAUCGUGACACUAAAAUUAUAUAAUUUAACAGUUUUGAGUAUUCUUAGAGCUUGCUGAGAGUUUUUUUUUUCUAGAAUUUUCGCCUUUUAAAUUCUUUGCUUGCCUAUAUUGUUUGAUUACACAAGGUGAAUAUUGCCCCAUUCGCUGUUGUAUGUAACAUAUUUGAAGUAGAAGAAUAUCAGUGUGUAAUUCUCAUACCAAAUGGUUACGAUUCAAGGGACAUUGAAGAAAUGAAACAGCUAAUUUGUAUUA